AUGCCCGUCGCAGGCUGCUCGUUCAGGCGCUUCCAAUCGCGCCAGUGCGUCUACACCCAGCCGUGGCCCGACGCGGGCUGGGCGCCCCAGUCGGCAGACCAGGAGGUCUUGAUGGGCCUCAUGGCCGGCGACGCGCGCGUGGCGGUGCGCGCGCUGCGCGACUGGUGCGGCGCGCUGGGGCUGACGUUCGUGCUGCCGGAGUGCAAGGUGCCAGGCGUCGACAGCCUGGCCGCCGUGCAGGGGAGCGUGUACGUAAAAUACAAUUCGAAGAGCAAGGUGUGUUACAUGUCUCCCUACCAGGGUCGCGACCGCGGGGUGCUGGUGCAGCUGGCGGCGCUGCAGCUGGGCCACUUUCCCCUGGGCUUUUGGGACGAGGCGCGCGCCAACCCGCCACCGCCAAUGGCCUAG